AUGGUAUCGCGUCGUAGGAAGAGGAAGCCUCGCUGGGAGAACGUCCUUUGUUGCUCUGGCCUCCAGUAUCUCCCUCACGGCCCGAAAUACAAGAACGCGCCUCCCUCGGCCGAGUCGAUCAGCCACCUAGAUCUCAUCCUCAAACUUGGUGGCAGCCUUCCCUGGGAUAAAGACGAUCCAGUCACACAUCUGUUGCUGAAGGAGGACCACUACCACGAAGGCAUCGUCUCAGUUGCACGCUUUGGCGAACCCUCCGACAAACACGUACCGGUCCGCUUCUUCGCCGCAUGGGCAGUAGGCGACGGAACUCUGGACGGCUUCGCUGAGAUCGACAAGGAGAAGAUCGACCUUAUGCAGGAGCAGGGUAUCCUGGAGCAUGCCAACUUGCCGAAGAAUGAUCGCUUCUAUGGCAAAUGCCCAAAGCAUCCAAAGCUCGAGUUCUACGUUCGGUUUCAUCCUCUGAAAGAGAAGCCGAUGUUUGAGUGGGAGAAGGACCCGAAGGAAAGGGGGAAGAAGUAUCCGUGGAAGGAGGGAGAAGCAGUCAGCACCGGAGUCUCAAAUGAGAAAUUUGAACCUAAGAUUUGGGGAGAUAUCAAUUUCGAUGGAGACGAUUGCCCUGCGCCCCUGGCGUUCUUCGAGUUUCCUACCCUCGACAACUACGACCACGAAGUUGGAGAGGACGACGAUUGGAUCACGAAGAUCGACUUCGAUAGCUGGCCGGCGUGA